UUGCGUAUUGAAUUUUUUAAUUGUAGUGUCAAACACUUCAAAACAAAUAGAUAUGUUGAACACGAAUUAAAGCCGCUCCUGAAAGAUUUAAUAUACACAAAACCGAACUUCUUUGUGGAAUGGAGGGUCGGAAUCUGAAACUCGAACCGGAUCGUGGCCCAGUUGAUGAACAUCUGGAACAGGAGCAGGAACCAUGGAAACCCUUGGAGAGCAGCAUUGAUUGCCGGGAGAAGUCGAUAGUGGAAAAUAUAAACGCUGACCAAGAUGCCAUAGCCAAAAUCCAAUAUCUUAGUCUCGAGCACGGCAUGUUGGACAAGUAUCUGGAUAAUCAGCAGCAAGAUACAUCACUGCGCAAGUAUCUGGGCGUCGGAGUUCAGUGGGUUUCUCUUCUCACCGAAAACGUGUUGAGCCAUCCCUUUCUAGUGUUGCGUUGGCAGUGUCAGGUUUAUAAUGCAUCCAAGUGUUACCACUUACAUCCUUUUACUUUGCUGCCCAGUAUUGUCCACUUGCACCGUCGUCAAGGACUAACGACGCUGUGGAAGGGAAUGGGCAGCUGCCUCCUUGUGCGCGGAAUGUCCUGCGCCAUCGACGAUUCCGUGUCGAAACUCACCAGCUGGCCCAGGGUGCUGGAUAGUCGAACGACCCUAAAGCGAUUCGGACAGCAUGUUCUGCUCAAAUGUAUAAGUAUCGGGUUGGUGGUGCCAUUCCACGCCGCUUCCGUGGUGAGGACAGUGCAAAGCGACAUUGCCAGCGAGAAAACCGGACUUCUGGAUGUCCUGCGGGAGGGGGGAGCGCGUCUUUUCUACUGGAGCUCCCCGCACAAAGGACGAAUGCUGCCCGCUUGGGCAUUAAUCGCGCCCAGUGUUUCGAUUGGCAUUACCAAGUAUCUCUUCAGCUUGCUAAUACACGGCGCCUCCACUCGCAUGAUGCGCAGGAGAAUAGCCCUUAUACACGAAAGUCGUGGCAGGAAGUUCAGCGACAAGAAGCUGGAUAACCAGAAUGCAGAGAUAUACGCCGGACUCAUAGCUAUGCUGACCACCGAGGUCGUUUUCUAUCCGUUUGAGACCAUUCUUCAUCGGUUGCAACUGCAGGGCACUCGAACCAUUAUCGAUAACCUCGAUACUGGCUAUUCCGUAGUCCCGAUCCUGACCAACUACCGCGGAGUGUUCGGUUGCUACCGCGAAAUAGUAUCUUCUGAGGGCUUUUCUGGGCUCUACAAGGGCUUUGGAGCAAUGGUCAUGCAAUUUGUGGCCCAUGUGGCCAUACUCAAGCUGGCCAAGUGGAGCGUCAAUCAGAUAGUUCAGGGGAUGUCGAAUCGCCCAUCAUCUCGAGCCCUGCAGCCCUAUAACAUCGACGGCAUUUCCUGCAACAAGAGCUCUACGACACUCUCGCCAAGCAUUUCCAGCACCGAGUUGGAUGUGACCAGUCUUGGAAAGUAUUCACUGGAUUAGUGAAAACAUAAUUUAUAAUAAUUUAUAUUUACAAAAAUUAAGAUUUUGAAAAGGGAAAAACACAUUAGUUUGCUUUAAGAGAUUAGGUAUUUAAACUUGACAUUGGAUAGACCUUUGGAUAUUUAAUGAAAAUUAUGUUCAUUUAAAGCCAACUUCCUCAAGUCAUAAGGUAAGGAAUGGCUUGUAUUCCCAGGCCAAAUAAACUGGUCCACACGUCGUAUGCGCAAUGUAUGCAUCCCAAUAUUGGCAAAUGCUUUGCAUGUAAAUCGAGGCCUCCUCAACUGUGGUAGUUCAUAAGCAGCCAGAGCAGUGUUGACUUCUGGAGGCUUUUAAUUUCUAUUUAUCUAUGCAUAAGUCAUGGCUAAUUGAUUUUCCCAAAAUCCGCAAUUGUUUGUUUUUGCCCCUUCCAAGCGCUCAAUGGGGCCGUAGGACCGACCACGAUAAUUUAAAAUUACAAUUUCCAAUGAUGUGCUGCAGAUACGUACUCGAAAUCGCUGGGAUUGCGUUCGCCUGCUUGUUUGUGUGCACGUAAUGCACAUAAAGCUGCUGCUCCGUGCCCCAGAAGCCGUAAAGCCAAUUCGCAAGACGGCACAGGGCGUAUACUUAAUACACACGUAUGCAACGCGUGACUGCUGCGAGGAUCCGAGGAUGCGAGUCCAGGGAUGCCAAAGAAAUCAACUUAAAAUGUGCAAAUUGUUUAUACGGCGCCCCUCUGCGGGCAAACACAAACAUACAUGUUUGCCGGGAUGGGUUAAAGUAUGUGCCGGACAUUGAAUAAGAUUAAUGAAGGUUUUGCCCUGGUGUUUCCCA